AUGAAUGGUUCAUUGCUUUUUGUUUCAAGCAUUAUCAUACUGGUAGAUCUGGUGACCAGCUGUCCCCUCAAAUGUCUAUGUCAUCCAAAUUCAAGGACAGUGGAUUGCAGAAAUCAAGGCCUUGCCAAAGUUCCUUCCCAUUUACCUGCUGAAACUCAAAUAUUACUUUUGUCAAACAAUGGCAUUCAGAAACUCAGUCAAAAGACUUUUAGAGGCACCCAAACUCUCAAAAUUCUGGACUUAUCAAACAAUUCUAUUUCAGGUUUACUACCUGAAACAUUCAGAGAACUAGAGCAUUUGCAGAUUCUAAAUCUAACAAACAAUUUCAUUGAAUAUGUAGAUAAUAAGAUGUUUAGCUCUCUACCCCACCUAAGAGCACUGGAUUUAUCAUCAAACAAUAUAUCGAGGCUUCCUAGAACUUUAGGAAACAAGACAGAGAACAUUACUUUAUUGUCUCUGAAAUAUAAUCAUCUUCAGGAAGUUGACAGACUUCUGUUAGAAUCACUUCCAAAUCUGAAAAUGAUUCUUUUCAAGGGUAAUUUCUGGCAAUGUAAUUGCCAAGUCUUUGGGUUGAAAUUAUGGCUGGAAACCUUUCUGUAUAACGGAGGAAUUAGCGAUGAAAUCAUCUGUUCCAUCCCUGAAAAUCAGAAGGGAAAAGACCUGCUGAAAAUUCCCUAUGAGUUGUAUGGGACCUGCUUUCCUACAGCUUCUCAGGGUCACCAAGUCUAUUGGCAUCACAAUUCUAAGCAUAAAGGUUCUGCAAAGCACACCCACCCCAGUGAAAAUGGAGGAAACAACACCCAGAUAAACUGUGAACGUAAAUCAAAGCCACAGCUGGUUAACUUGCGUCAUUCAGUUGUCACUGUGGCUAUAACUGGUGUUGUCUGUGGGAUCAUAUGCCUCAUGAUGUUGGCUGCCGUAGUAUAUGGCUGUGCCUAUGCAGUAAUUACAGCAAAAUAUCACCAGGAAAAUUCAUAUCCUGGCAAGGAGAAGGGGAGCCAUGAGGAAAAAGAGCCAUUUGAGAAUUCAUUGGCUUGA